UUGCCUGGAGCUUUCUGCAGUCAUCCGAGCGGCUCUCCAAAGACAAACAACUUCUCCCUUCCGUGAUUCGCACGGAUUCUCACUCCGCCACGGGUAGCGACUUCUCAUUCUCUUCCUCGGAUCAGCGUCACACGGAGACUUGCUGCGCUGCGAUCGAGGUUUCCGACUCAUCGAAGUUCUCCCACUGCGCCACUUCGGCCGUGCCCUGGGCGAGACAUGCCGCAAAUCGCGAAACUCAAUCGCUAGUAUGGACGCCAACGCUGCGGUCGUGGCUCCGAAGAGUAUGGAGGAGGUUGAGCAGCUCGUCAAACGAUUCUAUCAACCUGGGACUCCGAAACUCAUCGCUCAAAUCGACGACCAACUCAAGCUCCUUCAGCACUCCAACGAGGGCUGGCAACUCGCAGACGCUCUGCUCGCUUCGCAAGACCAGAAUGUUCGGUUCUUCGCCGCCUUGACGUUCCAGGUCAAACUCAACAAUGAUGGGGCCAGAUUGGACGCUGCCACGGCGCAGAGUGUUCUUGCAAGGUUGAUCUCUUGGACUGUCAAACUUGAUCGUGCCGGAGAGGGCCACAUGGUGAGGAAGAAGCUAUGUGGUGCCCUAGGAACGUACUUUUUGCAGACUCCAGUACAAUGGGCUCGGCCAUUGCUGCAUCUUGCGGCAUCAAUGGCAAAAGGUGACGUUGUCGAGACAGCCCAGCUUUCUGCCUCGCACGAUGCCAUCAGUCAGUACUUGCCUGUUUUGGCCGAAUCACAAAUAGUGACCCUACUCUGGCUUGCUGGACAGUUGGCGACCGAUAGCGCCAAAGUGGACAGUACCAAUGCAGCAGAGGAGGAGGUGCACACUCAAAUGGAGACCAUCGUGCAGGACGUGAGCAAGAUCAUUGAGCAUGCUAUGAGCAGGCCGUCGGCGCCUUAUUCUCAACGAAUACGGGCUGACUGCCUUGCUUGCUUCCUGAAUUGGGUAAACUACGCUCAACCGAUGUGGCCAGCGAAACCAGAAGCUCUGGAAUACCUCCGCCGAUUGAUACCAAGUCUUGCUCAGCUCCUGAUUGAGCCUGAGCUCGAGCAUGAUGCAAUGGAAGUCUUCCGCGAUGUACUGGAAAGCUACACCACGUUUUUCCAGCCGCAGUACAUGGAAAUAUUGGCCAACAUCAUCGUCACUCACAUUCGUCCACGCCUGAUUCAGGCUCUCCAAGAUCAAGAGCCUGAAGUCAUCUCCAUUGCUCAACUCGUCAUAGCAUAUGGCAUCGCGAACAUACAGCAAAUUGUGGAGCAACCUGAAAACGAGAUGGCGUCAAGAGUGCCUCUCUCAAUGAUCACAGCGAUUCUCGAAGCUCCUGGCUACCCAGGAGACGACGACGAAGCCUCGCUGCACAGCAUCGAAUUCUGGAACACCUACAUUGAGUACGUGAAUGAGGUAACAUACUCAAAUCCGAGCAUUAAGACACCCCUGAUUUGGGUUGCCUCUGCGCGGGCGACAUGUAUGACACUCAUCAAUUUGCUCUGGCAAAAGAUGCGAACCCCCGAUGCUGAGACUGCCAAAGACUGGAGCGAUGCCGAAUCGGAAGGGUUCAAAGAGUUCCGAAUGGAUGCUUCAGAUCUCAUGCUUUCGGUCUACGUCUUCCUCGGUGCGGAAAUGUUUCAAUCACUGGUCACCAUCAUCUUGAAUGCCUUGGAGCAACAACAAUGGCAGGAGCUGGAAGCCGCGUUGUUCUGCGUUAAUAAUCUUGCGGACAAUGUUCUUGAGGAUUCAGACGCGGAGAGCAUUUUGACACCAGUCUUCCGCUCGCCGCUGUAUCGCGUUGUAGGUGACUUCAGUCAGGGUAUGCCCACGCAAGCACGGCGGACUGCAGUCGACACACUUGGUUCGUAUGGCGCGUACAUUGAGCGACACGCAGAGUUCCUCCCGGAUACACUACGCUUCUUGUUCGCUUCUCUGGAGAACCCGGGGCUGUACUUGAGUGCUGCAAAAUCUAUUGCUGAGCUUUGCUCAACUUGUCGAAGCAGUCUUACGGGCGAACUCGACGGCUUUCUAGCCCAGUACAACAACUUCGCCCGAGGAGAAACGAGCGAGCCGUACACCAACGAAAAAGUCAUUGGCGCUAUUGCAGCUAUAGUGCAGGCGGUCAAGCCAGAAAGUGCCAAAGCGGGACCAUUGUCGGCCUUGUUCGAUAUCAUAGAUGGCAUGGUUGCGAAUGCACGCGCGGCGCUAAAUACUGAGACGACAGAGGAGCUAUGCGUGUCCGCAGUUGAUUGCCUGGCCGCCGUUGGUAAGAACAUGCAGACAGAAGACGAUUCGCCCAUAGAUCUGUACAACGAUGAUGCGGCGCCAGCGAACAAGCAAACAUACUGGCAGACAUCGGAAGGUCAAGCAAUUCAGCAACGCAUUCUGGCCAUUUGCCAAAAUGUGCUUCAGAUUCUACCCCAGAACAGUGAAGUGGUUGAAGGCGUAUGCAAAGUGCUCAAGAGUGGUUUUGUCGAAACUGAGCCUGGUCCAUUUGUCUUCCCGCCCAGCUACAACAUUGCCUUCCUCGAACAAUGCACGCCCAACACGCCCAAUCUGGAAUCGGUCCUGGCAAUGAUAUGUACACUGGUCCAGCAGUACUCCCGAAGCAAUCAUCCUCGGAUUGACGAUGAGAUCAACAGAGUCUACCGAAAGGUGAUAUCGUUUGUGCAGCUACUGGGCGAGCCAAAUCGGGAUCCUGGCGUUGCACAAAGCUGCAUCGACGUUUUCAACAGGCUGGUCGGACGCUACACGAACAUCCUCAUGGACACCUCUGGAAGUGGCGACGUGGUCGCUCCGAUCCUGGACUUCUCCCUCAAAGCACUCGACGGGAACGAUCUCAUGCCCAAGCGAGCUGCUUGUAACUUCUGGGCACGUUUGAUCAAGCCGGAAGAUCAACCAACUGACCAGGUUGUUCGCACAAGACUUGGACAAGUCGUGGCCGCGUACGGACCCAUGCUUGCGCAAGCUCUCAUGAACCAAAUCAGUGGCAGAGGCCAGCGUUCGGAGCUGGAACAGCUAUGUGAGCCUCUCAAAGCUCUGAUUACUACGCAAUCGCGAACGAAGCAGUGGAUUGAGACGGCGCUUGCCAAUCGCGCUGCCCUACCAGCCGUCAGCGAAGGCCUGUCGGACUCAGAUAGGAGCAGAUUCGUGGCUCAACUCGCGGCCGCUAGGGGUGACACGAGGAGAACGCGGGAGACUGUCAAGCGCUUUUACGCUGCUUGUCGAGGAACUGUCCCAAGCUAUAGCGCGUAGGACCGCUGUACUCUUGGAGAGCUCGAUCAGUAGCGGGGGGAGACGGCCCAGCUCGUUUCAACGAGUUAUUGCUCAUGGCGGUGCGACAUCGGCCAGAGUCGCGGAGCAGUUGAGACGCGUGUCUUAGGGUGAAAUGUGAGUAGUGUUAAAGGCAACAGAGAUAUCCCACAACGUGCGCGUUUCGAAAAGUUCAAAUAUCAUAAUUUGGGGUAUCGAUCCAACUGCUCUCAACGAGCUAGAGACCUGCUUCUUCUUCUUCUUCCGCGUCCUUUCCCCGUGGGUAUCUCCUCUUUCCCAUGCAGUGCAAAUCAAUCAUACCAUUCCCAUGCCCCAAAGUCGGCCGUAUAUACUCUGCUGCCGUGAACGCCGUUGAACUCCAUUGUCAAUAUGCUUCUUCUCGAGUGCCUCAUCCUCCUGCUCUGUGGCCUGAAGACC